AUCGGUGGGUAGUCGGUUCGGUAGGGAGGUGUCUCCCGGUCCUCCAACCAGAAGAAGCGAGACGACGACGUCGGCGAAGAGACCUUCGGCUACAUACUGCGUCCUACCGUCUUCUGGUGUGCCUACCUAUUCCGGCUACCAGCGAACCGAGCGAAGCUUCAGUCUACGCCGCGCAACGAAACGGUUUAGACGCCUGUCAGAAAGAUACACGCGCCAGCAUUUCAAUACUUUUACGAGCGACCGAGUUGUCGAAUACGAUCGACUUUCGGCAGCGUGUGACAUCACAUCACACACGUAUCGCUUAUUUGUUUUCAAAAAAAAAAAAAAAAAAAAACCAACCAAGCCGCGACAACGUGCGUUUCGCGAGUUUCGUUCGCAUCCAAAAAAAAGUUUCAAAAUAUUCUUCUGGUAAACGGUGAACUCGAGAACGAAGAUUUAAUCUCGUACUCUUCUCUCCGUGUCAACAUUGGCGACGGCGGCGAUACCGAGGAUUCUCUCGCGUAUACGCGGUACAUAAGCAGUGAUCUCACUCCCAGGAGUCGAGUCGGGGACUAGCCUCUUGCGCGGGAGGAGAAGAGCGAGGAAACGGACAGAGUCAAGAAAGACAGAUAAAUAGAGAGAAAGAGUGUCCGUGCGAGGAAGAUAGAGAGACGCGCAGAGUCUUUGCACGACAAAGUAGAAGAGAGAUAAAAGAGAGCGAGAGUGACGGAGUUGCACCGCGCGCGAGAAAGGAGACAGAGGGAGACAGCGGACGUGUGGUGGGAGCGACUGCGGGCGAUUCGCGAAAGCGAGAAGGAGAGAGAGAGAGACAGAGAGCGUGAGAGAGGCGAGUAGAGGGAAAGGAAAGAUAGAACGUCGACCAGAAGAGAAGGAGAAUUUAUAAGGAUGUUCGCGAUAAUGCCGAUGGAGACAGAGGGGCACGGCAGGGAGUUCGGCCGGCGGCAAAAGAUGCGCGCCAAAGUCACGGUAGAGUUCGUUUGCAAAUACUGCCAGCGGCGCUUCACCAAGCCCUACAACCUAAUGAUACACGAGCGCAGCCAUAAGGACGACGUGACCUUCACCUGCGAGGUCUGCGGAAAGUCCUUCAAGCGGCAGGACAACCUCAAGCAGCACAGGUAA